CAUCCAUAGUUAUUGGUCGGUGUCAUUUUGAAGUGCACCAACAGCUGUCAAUUGAAACCGCUAUAAAAACCAUAUCUGUUAACUUCAAUUCAAAAUGGACGAGACUAAAUCACUGAAGCCUCUGAAGGUAAUAAUCCUUGGUCCUCCAGCAUCAGGAAAGACCAAGCUGUCAGAAUUGCUCUGCCAGCGGUAUGGUGCUCACUACGUCUCUGUAAAAUCCAUGAUAGAGGAAACCCUCUCUGAACUUGAAGACAACAUCGAGAGAGCCAGAGAAAAUCAAAGGCAGCGAGAAAAGAAGGCAGCCAAAGAGAAAAAGGACGAGGAAGACGAAGAAAGCGAUGUGGAAGAGGAAGAAGAAGAACUAGAAGAGGAAGUCGAAGAGGACAUAGACAUAGAAGACUGGCAAGAGCAGGUGAAGGAUAUCACCACUCUGAUGGCGAAGAGCGAAGACCAUAAAUUGCCAGACCAGUACUUGGUGCGACUGAUGAAAGCAUUCCUGGCUAAAGAAGCGUGCCAAACGCGUGGCUAUGUUUUAGACGGGUACCCAAAAACCAUCCAGCAGGCUAAGGAGCUGUACGGGCAAGUAGCAGAAGCGAGCAAGGUUGAGGAAGGCGGGAAACUCGGGAUAGAGCUUCCAGGAGAAGGGGCGAUUGGGGAAGACCAGAAGCAAGUUGGUAACCUGGUUGGGAACGCGAAUGAAGGCAUAAUGCCAAACUUCGUAGUCAGUCUGGAAGCCGAUGACGAUUUCCUUUGCGAACGAGUUAUGAGGCUGCCUCAAAGGCUCAUACAAGGUACUCACUAUGAUGAGGUGAACAUGCUGCGCAGGCUAGGUGAAUUCAGGAGUAAUAACACUGAUGCUAGCACUGUGCUCAAUUUCUUUGAUGAAGCUGGAAUUCAUCCAAUACUAAUCGGUCUGUUGGAUGAGGACACGGAAAAGGAGAGAGACCUUGACUGCAUAUUCAAUUACGUCUGUGAAAUUUUCGGUGAUCCUAUUCCUGGCUUUGGGCUGUCUCCAGAAGAAGAAGAUGCUUUCAGGAAGCUAGAAAAAGAACAGAGGAGGCUCCAAGAGGAAGAAGGCAAUUUAGAGAAGAACCUUCUGGAGGAGAAGGCGACCAAAGACCAUCAGGACAAGAUGGAGAGAUGGGCAGAGACGUUCGAGAAGCUACAGAAGGAGCAAGAGAAGAUUCUUGCAGCACAGAGUGAGCCACUGAGGUUUUACUUGAUGAAGUAUAUUUUUCCUACGGUUUCCAAGGGUUUGAUUGAGGUGGCAAAGUUGAAACCUGAUGAUCCGAUAGAUUUUCUUGCGGAAUACUUGUUUAGGGAGAAUCCUGAAGGGAAAAUGUUCGAUCCCUCGUAUACGCGGGAAGGAGAGAAGAUUCUUGUUGAAUUCGAGGAAGAAAUUCAGCCUACUCUUUCACUUAUGUGAAUCGAAUUGAAUUUUUGAAAGACGUUUAUGUAAGAGUUUGGAAUUAUACUAUCUCCAGAUAUUGCACUAUGAUUAUUCCAUUUAU